GUUGGAGUCUCAGACUCAGAGAUCUGGGCCGCAAAGCUAGGGGGAUGCCUCUUUCGCCGGAUGGAGAAGGCGAGGAUCAAGGAGUGCGCCUCGGUUUAUAUUUUCUGCUGAGAAUAUCAGGGGUGCAAGGACGAAGUCUGGCAAAGGCCUUGGAAACAUGUCAGAAGAAGGAUCGGACAGUGAUUUGGUGGUUGUAGAGAACGAUUGGAGGCUGCAGACCAGAGAGGAGCAUGAUUGAGUGCUUCUAGAGCUGGAUAAGAAGGUUCAGGGGGUUGUACCCAUCUAAAACGAAGCAAUGCAACCACAUAGAUGGUGAAGAAAUCCGCGGUGUGCUUGGGGAUUGCACCGGCACUGCCAGCUGAGGUCGCCUGUACGUUCACAAAAGGUCACUUUAGUCAGCCUGACAGACAAGCACAGAGGCCAGUCAGACCCUUGGUUAGCCAGGCAACCCCAUACGAAACCCUAAUUUGUCAACCUACCCAUAUGGUUACCAACCGCUUAGCUCGUCGCCCUUUGUUGUAGCGUAGUCUUUGCCCACAUUCUUUUGGGACCAUACAGUGCUGGCAAAACAGGCGACUUUCAAUACAGCGCAUAGGAAGGACAGGGACAUCAGUCACAGCUUGCUGAAGCACCCGCCGAGGCUUUGCUCUGUCUGGACAAGUCCCGGGACUCAGCUUUGGUGGAAGUGACCUUACGUGUAGUGGCAAAGCUCGCAGGGUCAGUCUGUGAAGAGCAACAGGGCUUAAAUGCGGCUUGCGCAAGCAUACUUUGGCGGAAGCAUAAUUCUGAGUCAACUUAAGCAAAUUCUCAGACAGUCAGCCGCCUUUUCGCAUACACCUUUGCAGUGAACUAGCUAAUUGGACCAAUGCACUCAAUGCACUCAGCUGGCAGGCCAUGCCUGGGUUGCAGCCAGUCGCGGUUCCAGCAGCUCCCACCACUGUGGCUUAGACUCCAAGUCACUGCCUAGCAGAAAGGGUAGAAAUGGAGAGCGAGCGCCUUAAGUCAUAUAGGAGAUGGUAUAAGGAGCUAGACGCCAGGAAGGCUGAGCUAGAAGAGGAGGGUUUGGAAGACCCCCGCACGCUGAAGCUCCUGGAAGGGGAGCUGCGCUGCCUAGAGGAACUGAUCACGCUGGACUCCCAGCUUAUGUUGCACCUGCCUGAUGCUUGUGGACAGGGAGGCCCUCCCGAUGCUGAGAGUCUCGUUUCAAGAAACGUAUCCACAUGGCCAGGCGACAGCGGCCUCCCCCCGGUGGAAGGCCUCGACCUCUCUCUAGUUACGGACAUGCUCAUCCUGAGCGCGACCUCCCCUUGGGUGGUAUUUGUCGCGGAGCGCUUCAAGUGGAACACGGUCUACGUCUCGCCCAGUGCGAAAAGGCUCCUGGGGUGGCGGCAGCAGGAGCUGGUUGGCGUCCCUGUGAGCGACAGGUGUCAUCCCGACGACGUGCCGACCAUGCUCAAUAUGUUUAAUGCGGGCGCAAACUCUUCCGGUAACAGCCUGUACUACCGGAGGAUGCGGCGCGACCGGAGCUACGUGGCAGUGCAAGGGACGGGGCGCAUCCUCGGGCAGCGGUGGUUCGCUUGGAUGGAGUUGCUAGUCGCCGAAGCAGAGCCAGCGCCGCCAAGCGGGGUUGGGACAAGGUUAAGAUACUUGUGGUUUAUUGUGACGAAAGGUUGCUUCAAUGGAGUUGCCGGUUGCCGAAGCAGAGCCAGCUCCGCCAAGGGAGCUGGGUCCCCAAUGAGGCGUGCCAGCCCCCCCUCCCCCCCCACGUCAGCACGCUCACGGCUGAUGAGGGCCCCCACCCCCCCGGACAUGCCAAGCCUGCCGGCCACCGCUUUCUUCCCGGGGGCCGGCAACAGCUCUUUCGCCUCUUUCCCUGCGGGGGGCAACUCUCUCGCGUCGUCCCGCAACCUCUCCUCCCAGUCAAUCAACGAGCUGGUCGCAAUGCCGUCCGUCCGGCACUCUCUGGGGGGCAGCCCGCCAGCUGCCAGGCAGUCUUCGAGCGCCCCCCUGAACGAAAAGAAAGAGUUGGUUCACUCCAUCGGGGGGUCAUACGUGGAGCCGCAAAGGGCGUCCACUGGGGCUCUUCCAGUGGGGCCGCUAGAGAUGGUGCGCCGGAAAGGGUCGCGGCCGACGUCUCCCCUCUCGGAGCAGGACUCGGAACAAUCUUUCAACAGCGGCCGUUACAACGGCCAAGACGUCCUGGGCUUCAGCCACAGUACCGGCGCCCUGGGGCUGAGCAGUUCCGCUCUCAACCGAACGAUCCGCCCGUCCGAGGGACUUCGCUCAGAGACCCUCGUAUCUAUGAACUCCGCCGAGCGCCUGCGAACCCUUUCUCACCGCAGCUCCCUCCGGGGGUCCGGCUCGAGCGGAACUCCCAGCAACAGCUCCCCCAGUGUCGAGAACGGCGCCCCCCUUCUCCCGAGCGAAAUCAAGUUAUUCCCGCGCCAGGGGGCUCAAAAUGAGCCGCACAUGAGCCCCCCCUCGCAGCCGCUCUCGCGCAGCGGGAGCGGUUCCAGCGGCGGGGGGAAGUCGUUGCCCCCGGGGACUUCAAAAGUGGGGCUCGAGUUUGCGUACGGGGCCCUCGUCGGCGAGAAGGAGGGGGAGCGGGAGCUUCUGCGGACGUCCGUGGAUUACGAGUCCGUUUUGGACGCGUCCGGUUUGGUGGGCACUCCGCUGUACAAGGAGGCGAGCAACGUGGAUCUGGAUGACCAGGAACGCUGGCGGCUUCAGAAUGAGGAGAGCAACUCCGAUAUCGGCCUCUCAAACUCGAUCCUCGUGCCCGUCUCCGGGGGAGCCUCUCCCAAGCUGCCACCUGUCAGCGUUGCGGCCCCCGUUCCUCGCCCCCCGGGGGGGAAGCCCGAGGGGGAGUUGGACGGGAUCCGUGGGGCGCGCGUGCUGCUGGUGGAGGAUGAUGUCACCAACCGGACGGUUGGGCAGCGCCUGCUGGAGAGCCUGCACUGCGAGGUGACUGUCACGUGCAAUGGCAAAGAAGCCCUGGAGGCGAUGCGGGGCAACCCGGAGGACCCCUUCUCUCUCUCGGAGUUAGGGGAAGACGAGGAGCUGCCCCCGCGGUUUGACCUGGUGUUAAUGGACCUGUUAAUGCCGGUUAUGGACGGGUUACGAGCGGUGGAAAAGUUCCGGGACGAGGAGCAGGACCAGAAGCCCCGGCGCAAGCGGAUGCUCAUCUUUGCGCUCACGGGGAACGUUUCGGAUGGCGACAUGGUCAAGUGUGCCCAAAGUGGCUUCGACGAGUUUGUCAGCAAACCGCUCACUGUAGAGAAGCUUCUCCAUCGGCUGUACGGCGUUUGCAAAACAACGGAUCGAUUCCCUGGGUUGCGUACGAGCAACUUCGCGUUGCCUUCUUAG